CUGCAGCUGCUUGCGUAGUUCUGUGUCGUCGUGCGGCUUGCCACUGCGCUUCGCGUGCCCUCCGGCUGGAAUUGAGUUGCCAGAACACAUUGCGCCGGCGUGGGCGCCUCUCCAUUCCCACGCCACCGCCGCGCGACGCCUGCGACUCUCCCUCAGCCCACGCCUACGCCCCACCGCCACCAUCCGUCCACGACUUCUCCGCUGAGAGGCACCAUCGAUCUGCUCCGCGACCUUUUCAGGCAUCCUCGAUCUGAGCCAGCACCACCAGUGGUGUCCUCGAUCUGCACGAGGGAGGGACAUGCUCAACAAGAACAAUUCAUUAUUCUUGUUAUCCUAUCCUCUAACUUUGCAACAAAUGUACUGCUUUGACAAAUAUUUAAUAAUUGCAAGUAGGUUGUUAAGUGUUGGGUUUAGCAGAGAUGAUAAUUUGAGAGUAUUUGUUUGCAGGUGGUCAAAUGUGUGACUCAAUAAUCUAGAAAAUUUGUAUUAUGAAUAAAAUGUGUCAUGCACAUGAAUCAGAAGACGCAACAAUGGAUGGGGUAGAUGACAACUUUAUCUGUAGUACUUCUUGUUAUAAGAUGUGUGGCAAUGGUGAAAAAUCAUCAAUUAUUGAUGGUGACAUGGGUUGGCUGAGCAUGGAAAUAAGCCCUUGUAGCACUCCUUAUGGCACCCCUCCUUUUAGCCGAGAAAGUUCUUGUUCGAGUUUUGCCAGUUGCUUUUCAAGCCUCGAUGAAUACCUAGUUGAAACUGACUAUGACGAGGAAAUUGAGCUCCUAGAUACUGGCCAACUUCAUCCUGGUAUCCUAUUCUUUGAUGAAUCGAUAGAGCAGAGAAAGGGCGGUCCCAUACAAGUGGAAGAAUGUCAACCCAGCCAUGCUGCGAGUGUUGAUGAUGGUUCUAGUUUUUCCAUUCCAACAAACCAAAACAUUUCAUCUGGUGAACUGCAGUUGGAGAUACAUAUAGAAUCCACCGAUGACAAUUCUGCUCCAUCCAAUGUUAUUUUGGAUGCAAAUCUAUCUACUGAUCCUCAUCAAGCUAUCAUGUCCAUUGAUGAACUUACAGAAACAUUUUGCGGUGUACCAUUGGAAGAUAUUAAUCUCAAACAAUCUAAUAUUGUAAAUGUUGAAGAGGGAACUAGCCUUCCUAUGGCAAAUGAUGAAAUUAAUGAACAAGUUAUGGACCAAAUUGACAAUGCGAAGGAAAAUAGUAUAGUUUACAACAAUAUAACAAGUGCUGAGCAGAACAUGAAUUUGGGCUUGGAGUCAAGUGAUUACCUUUACCCUCAAGUAACUCCCAGUUUUGAUACAGAUCCUCACAUUUGGUUACCACCAGAACCAGUGAAUAAGGAAGAUGACACUUAUAUUGUUGCUAACAAUGAUGAUGAUAGUGACAAUAAUGACAGUUGGGUUCGGUCAAAUUUCAAUAUUAGCUUUGAUGCGCAUCAAAAUAAGAAUAGUCGUGAAAACCAAUUGCAGAGAGCAAUGUCAGAAGUUAUGAAUGGGCAAUUCAAGAUUCUUGUUAGUCGUUUUUUAGCUGCUGAAGGGCUAUCUUCUUCUGAUCGAGAAGGUGAGAAGAACUGGCUUGAUAUCGUUGCUUCAUUAUCAUGGCAAGCUGCAUUACAUGUCAAGCCUGAUGCCAAUAUUGGAAAUGAAAUGGAUCCUUGUAUGUAUGUUAAGGUGAAAUGCAUAGCUUCAGGAUCUUGGGAGCAGAGUGAAGUCAUCAAGGGUCUUGUUUUUAAGAAGUGUGCUGCUCAAAAGCAGAUGCGUGCCGACAUAAAGCAUCCUAAACUGUUACUUCUGCAGGGCAUCCUUGGCCAUUCUUCUGCAGGGUUAUUGUCAAUGGAUUCAAUGAAACAGGAAAAUGAGCACUUGGAGAAAACUCUCGAUGACGUGAUUAGCAAAUGCCGACCUGAUCUUAUAUUGGUGGAGAAAGCAGUCUCACGAAAUGUAAAUGAAUUUAUUCACAAAAAAGGAGUUACUGUAGUUAGUGACAUGAAUAUCCAUCGGCUGGAACGAAUUGCUCGUUGCACUAGCUCUCCAAUUCUCUUGUUGCAGAAUGUUCUCGCAAAACCCGAUCUUAUGAAACAGUGUGAGUCUGCGCAUUUUGAAAAGUUUAUUGAGGAGCAUAAUAUAACUGGAGAAGGUGGAAAGAGAUCAGCCAAAACUUUGUUAUUUCUAGAAGGCUUUCCAAAGCCUUUGGGGUGCACGAUUUUGCUUAAAGGAUCAACGAGUGAAGAACUGAAGAAAGUUAAGCGUGUCCUGCAUUUCACUGUUUUUGCAGCUUAUCAUUUGAUCCUCGAAACUUCAUUCUUUGCUGAUCAAAGAUUAUUCGCAAUGGGAAAGAAUGCCACGGAGAACGACAAUUGUGUGAAAACUGAUCCCCAGCUGCUUGUUCCUUGUACUGUUGCUCCGCAGUCCAAAUUCUGUUCUGAUAUUGCACAAAAUGAUGACACCAAAAAACAUGCUUUGAACAUUCUUGCUUCUGAUGGAGAGUAUGUUAAUCAGGAUAAAUUUGUUAAUUCAGAAAAGUCCAUGUGCAUACAUGAUUCCAGAAUGGAAACAUCUAGAGGUCAUGCGGAUACAAGACUUAAUGACAACGACAACAUUCUGUCAUAUUCCUCAUUGCCAGUUCAGGGUCUCUCAAGAAAUCUUAUCGGCGAGAUAUCACCUGAUUUUCCCAAGUUAACAUCAUGUAAUGACUUUGUUUGUUCCACCUCUGGUGCUACUUCGAACGAUGUCAUUUUGCAGAAGAAUGGAGUCGACGGCAAAAAUUGUCUAGAAACUGUUAGUGACGGAACGUCUCCAAAGACUAAGACUUCUUUAGAUUCUCAGAGCAUACUGAUUUCGAUGUCUAGCCAACAUAUCAGAAACAAAGCAAUCUGUGAACAGAAUCAUCUUUCCCGCAUUACUUAUUACGGGUAUUUUGAUACAUCACUUGGUCGUUAUUUGCAAGAUAGUUUAUUUAAUGAGAAACACUGCUGCUUAUCUUGUGGUGAACCUCCAGAAGCUCACAUGUACUCUUACACCCACCACAAUGGCACUCUAACUGUUCUUGUGAAAAGCCUCCCCUUGGACGGAACUCUUUCUGGUGAGCAUCAAGGAAGAAUUUGGAUGUGGACUAGGUGUUUGAGAUGCAAUGGUAAACCCUCUCAGAGAUUUAUUAUCUCUUCCUCUGCCCGCAAUCUGUCAUUUGGGAAAUUCUUGGAACUCAGUUUCUCAACACAUUCUGCUGCUAAGAAGCUAUCAACAUGUGGGCAUUUGCUGCAUAGGGACUGCCUACGCUUCUUUGGAAUGGGAACCAAAGUUGCUAUGUUCAGAUACUUCUCUGUUGAAAUAUAUUCUGCGUUCAAGCCACCGUUAACUUUGGAGUUCUAUAAUCCAAACAGAAAAGAGUGCCUUGGAGUUGAAUUUAAUAAUGUCCUUCUAAAAUGGAGGCUACUCAUUUCUGAAGCCGAAAAUAAAGUACAAAUCUUGAAAUCAGGAGACAGUCAAGCCGCAGGAGAAAGAACCAAAAUUUCAGUACAUGAGGAAUUACUUUUGGAAGUCACUAGGAUGCUUACACAAGAAAAAAAUGAAUUUGAGGUUUAUCUGAAGGCAUUUGACCAUCUUGUGAAAUCUGGGACUUGUGUUCACGAGAUCCUUGGCUUGAACUGGCUAUACCAGCUACUUCUUCUUGGAUGUUAUAUUUGGGACGUCCGGUUGCAACAUAUUCUUCAGUACAGUAAAGUUAAUGCUGCAUCUUCAGACAGUCCUAUCCAGAAAAGAACACCAGAGGAUGAACCAAAGAAUUCUGAAAUUACUUCUGUCCAUGGGGAGGCACUAUAUCGUACCAACCUUGAAAUGGAAAGGCAGGAGGAAAGUACCGAUACUUGUCAUUCUUUUGACAGUUCCUGUGGCUAUAUAAUUUCAGAGAAGGAGCAGCUUACAGAGAGACCAGUAAUCCAAGAACCUGGGUCGCAUGUUAGUCCAGAUCAUGAUGUAUGGUUAUCUCUGUCUUCUUCAGGUGAAGAUGGUGGAUCUCAUGAACAUACUGAGAACUUUUGUUUAGAAAAACCAAUUGGCUUACCUGUUAAGAAUAAUGUACUACCUGAAACAGCCAAUGGUAAUGGAAUGUAUUCUGUUGCCAUGUCAAGCAAGUGUUUUGCUGUAUUCCCAAACCUAUUAGAUUUCUUCAGUAAUGAUGCCAGAAAAUGGGUCUGGGGUAGUUUUAGUCACCUGGAAAAUGAGUACAAGAAAGAGCUUCAAGGUGGUUCUUUGGACAAGUUUUAUCUCAUCAACAAAUACACCCCCUCCUUUUCAUCAUUGGCUCAUCUUAAAUCUCAGUUGGAUAUGGUACAAUUUAUUGUUGGUCCUGGUGGCAGUACCUUGUCCAUUGUUGAGGAAGAGGUAUCUAGUAUGAUUGCUUAUGCACUAUCUAUAUCUGAGCAAAAAGGAACUUAUUCUGAAGCUGUAAUUGUGAAGGAUAAAGUUAUAGCUAGCAGAAAUUUCGAUAAAGUAGCACCAAGCAACUUGAUUGGAGAUACUACUAUGUCAUCUUUAAUUUUAUCUCCAAAUGAAUCUUUAGAAAAAGAUCAUAGCCUAUCAAGAAAUGUUUCAUCAUUAUCAUCUGAGGAAUCAACAUCUGGAUUUUAUGAUUCUUUUCUGUCUGCCUUAAAAGAUUUGCAUCCUGAGAUUUGUUUGAAUAAUGAAACACUAGCUUUGAAAAGCAAAUACAGUGUGGUGUGUAUAUAUGCAAAACAAUUCCACGAUCUUCGGAAGGUUUGUUGCCCAUCGGAGAUUGCCUAUAUUGCUUCUAUAAGCCGUUGCAAAGAAUGGAAUGCACAAGGGGGAAAGAGCAAGGCUUUUUUUGCGAAAUCAAUGGAUGACAGAUUUGUCAUCAAACAAAUUAAGAAGACCGAGUUUGACUCAUUCUUGAAGUUUGGCCUUGAGUAUUUCAAGCACUUUGGUGUAUCUCAGGCCUCAGUUAACACUACAUGCCUUGCGAAAAUUCUCGGAAUAUAUCAGGUUAAGGAAAUCAAGAAUGGCAAGGAGACAAGGACCAAUUUCAUGGUUAUGGAGAAUCUUUUGUUUGGACGUGAUAUAGUACGAAGAUAUGAUCUGAAGGGUGCUCUUUUCUCACGAUAUGUUCUGGACUCAAAAAAUCCUGAGAAGGUACUUUUAGAUCAAAACUUCAUUGAAGAUAUGCGUACUAUGCCUAUCUACAUUGAAGGCAAAACCAAGAACCUCAUGGAGCGUGCUAUUUGGAAUGACACGGCAUUUCUAAGUAGGAUGAAUGUGAUGGAUUACUCGUUGUUGGUUGGAGUCGACAAACAGAAGAAAGAACUUGUAUUUGGAAUUAUAGAUUACUUGAGGCAAUAUACCUGGGACAAACAACUGGAGUCUUGGGUGAAGACAUCACUUGUUGUUCCCAAGAAUCUAUCUCCAACUGUAAUUUCCCCAAAGGAGUACAAGAUAAGAUUCAGGGCAUUCAUGUCUCAGUAUUUCCUUACAGUUCCAGAUGUUUGAGUUAAUGAGUUCUGAUGCAUUGAACAUAAUGUGGGCUGUGGCUUUUGGUAGCUGAGCUGAUGUUGAGUAUGGUUAGUUAAAUACCUGUUCAGCAUCAGUUAAUCAUCUCGUGUUCAGCUUUAAGCUUUAUUUUAUUCAUUUUUUGUGGUGUGGAUGUCACCAUCCAUAAUGCCUCUUAGCUGCUGUACAUAGCAUUUAGGAUAUAGGUUGCCUGGGGGGCCACAAAUUUUAAGCAAGGGAGUGGUGACUGAACCUACAUAUAACCAACAUGUUGGUUUUUUUAAGCAUUAAUGUGGAGUCCAUCUUGUGGACAACCAGCUUGGAGUGUUGUAGAGAAUAGGCAUUCAUGUACUCAGUUGUGCUAUUAGGAGUAGGGAGUAGACUUUUGGAAUCAAAUACAUACCAUGAAAUUUUUGAGGUUCAAUAUGUAUCUCAGUGUGCGUUGAAGUAUUAUCACUUGUUUGUUAAGCAUCUAUGGUGGUAUAAAAUAUGUUAUUGUCAUCCUAAUUCUAUUUAAUAAAUUAGUACAAGAAUGUAACAGGUGAUUAAUUAUCAAAAUUAUAUGCAUGAUCUGCUAGGAUUUAGAAAAAAUGGUUGGCGAUUAAUCUGCCUAUAUAUAGACAAUUGUAUUUUGUUGAUUGACAAUAAGUGUUUAUAGCACAUACUUUGUAGCAACUGUAGCUAUGUGAUUUAUCUUGAUUUGUAAUUUAAAGAAAAAAGAAAGAAAAAAGAAAAGAAAAGAAAAGAUAUGAUAAUUGCAAGGAUGCCAUUAUAAUUUUGUAAAAUUAGAGAUAUGCCGUUAUAAUCCACAUGUCAUUGAUUCAUGCGGGUCCUAUAUGUCAUUGAGAUACCAAUGAUAUAUCUCUAACUUUGUAAAAUUAUAAUAGUAUGUUUGCAAACUUUUCUUUAGAAUGUUAUUAUAAGAACAAAUAAUU